AUGAAUCCCUUGAAUCAUUCAAGCUUGCACGAAGCCAUCAUUUCAUCAUUCCUUGUCAAUCAACGCCCCCCAACCAUCGGUGAAAUAGCUACGCGCUUCCAAUGCAACACAGAUGAGGCACGAAAAUGCCUGCGAGACUUGGCAAAGUAUCAUGGCGUUGUGCUUCAUCCAAACUCCGACGAGGUCUGGGUAGCCCACCCUUUCUCAGCGGCUCCCACGACCUGCGUCGUAUCCUCGGGCGAGCGCAAAUGGUGGGGGAACUGCGCCUGGUGUUCACUAGGCGUCAUGAAACUUGCAGGGCAAACAUCUACUCUGUCGACAAAGGUUGGCGCCAUUGGCGACGAGGUUUCCAUCACGGCCCAAGACGGGGAGCUUUUGGACAAGGACUGUGUCAUACACUUUCCCAUUCCGAUGCGCAAUGCCUGGGAUAACGUCAUUUACACCUGCUCGGUCAUGCUCUUGUUUCGCAACGAGGCCGAGGUGGACGAAUGGUGUGCUACCAGAGGCAUCCAAAAGGGAGACGUACGGCCCAUUGAACAAAUUUGGAACUUUGCUGGCGAAUGGUACGGACGGCACGCCGAUGCAGAUUGGACGAAAUGGUCGGUGCGCGACGCCGUGGAGAUGUUCAGUCGUCAUAAUCUGACGGGCCCGAUCUGGGCACUGGGGGAAGAAGCAGAGCGGUUUUGA